AUGCCACAAGUUCCAUCAGCUAUAGACUGGAAAAAGCUGAAGCCGAAGAUACUGUGUCUCUUGUCUGAAGGCAGCACUCAAAAAGAGGUGAUAGAGGAACUCUCAAGGGACGGCUCCAGUAUCACCAAGUCACAACUUGAGUACCGGCUCAAGUGCUGGGGCCAGCGAACCCGACUUUCGGAAAAGGCGUGGAGGUAUAUGAACCACAAGGUGCAAAAGCGGGCGAGAAACAAGAAAGACAGCGCAGUCUUCUUCAAUGGCACUCUUAUACCACAUUCCAAAGUCGUCAAAGAAACGAGGAGACAUGAUCGUCCCAGCCUGUCCUACAAGUACUCUGCACCUGACUUCGUGUUGACGUCCGUGGGCUUCAAGAAUCGCGUUCUGCUAUUGACCAGUGUGAAGCCCCCGACACCGUCCCAGCUCCCAGUCACUUUGGUAAACCAGAUUAGGGUACGAAAGCCACCUUUGGGUGUUGAGCAACUUGAAGAACCCUACCUCAUGUCAGAAUGGCCAGAAAGAGAGCAGAAUGUUAAGAGGGACGCCGCCUCUCAUGAAAAUAGCCCAUGCGAUCCUCAAAUUGUCACCGAUCUUGGCCUUCUCAUAUUCCAUAUAUCAAAUAAGCUCUCGACAGGCAACAGCCAUGAUGACAAGACACGUUUGUUCAGACUCGGCGACACACUCAAAACUUUGGCGAUGAGCAGCUCGAGAUGGAAAGGCCUCCUGAUUGCGGGCCAAGGGGUCACUUCGAAAUCAUUAAUCGAACAGCUCUUCGAAUUCUCCAUCACUAGCGGAGAUAUGACCUUGGCGGAGAUGAUGCUUCAAAUUGGGGCUGACCCAAACCAGCGCAUUCAUGACAGAAACCCAGAUCAGCGAGUUCAUGACAGGGAUGGUGGAAUAUGCGUCUCCGCUCUCGACUUUGCUAUUGAACACAGAUACAAUGAUCUCGGCAACCUUCUACUGGAUUCAGGAGCAGUCUAUGGCCAAACAAGCUUGAAGCGCGCCGUACUAUCCGGCGACUUCCACACCGCCGAUCGCCUGCUGAAGUCUGAUCCAUCUCUGGACCUCAACUUCAAUUACGUCAAUGACCCGGAACUAUCUAUGAAGUCACGCUUUUGGACCCUGAAGCUCGAGACCGUCAAUCUACUGGGAUUGGUGUGCCUCUAUUAUAUGGGUUUCUGCAGCUAUUGCAACCGCUAUGAGGCAACCCUUUCGGCCUCGCAGAACCACAAAAUUGGAUGUCCACUGGCAGUGAACGAGUGCAUCACCAGGCUGGAGUAUCUUCUUAAACAACGAGCUGCGAUAAACCUAGACACCAUGAUUCUGGCUUCAUUCAGCGUUGAUGUCACCACACUUGAGUUUCUUUCACAGCAUGGUGGAGAUGUACGCGGAUUUAAUCGUUUCGGUCUCUCAUGUCUAGCCGCAGCUAGCAUGAGGAUGCAGUUGCAGUACGACGUAUUCGACCUACUACUGCGAUUGGGGGCAACUAUCGACAUCCCUCAGACCCACCACGCAUUCGGCUCUCAAGACUCUCCAAUCCAUUCCUUAUGUUCACGUGAAAUUGCGCAUUGUGGACGCGAGACUUUCUUGCUUCAGAGAAUCCUCAAUUUGCUCGUCAAGUCAGGUGGAAACAUCAAUUAUCGCAUCCGACACAUAUGCUCGCCUUCGCAACUGAAUAAGGAAAGGGAAGACUUUCUGUGGUUUCAGCCAUCACAAGACACCAGAACUAGAGAUUGUAUCGCACAAGCCAGGGUCGAAAGCCCGUUGGAAUACGCCAUAAUCGCCCGUAAAGAAGACAUUGCGCUUGACCUUGUUAGCUGGGGUUGCCAGCUCACAGGUCGAGAGAUCCUAUUAGCAGUCAAGUUCAGGCUUCUAUCCCUUCUAGGAACACUGCUAAAUCAUGGUUCGUGGGAACCAGAUGGACAAAGCAUCAGAAGGAUUAUGCGGCUUGCUCUAAGAUGGGGUCAUGAUGCGAUUGUGCAGUUUCUCCUAGGAGAGGGGGUCAAGUUCGGCGAACAAGACUUGAUAGACGCCUUACAAUAUCCGGGGAUAUCAGCCUUACCCAUCAAAACACAGGUGGACCUCAUCCUCGCGACGCCAAAUCUGGACCAGCGGCGACUUUUCGGGCGGCCAUUGCUGGAGAUUUGUCUCCUGAAGUUCUUGGGACCUGCAGCGAGGGAGAUUCUAAUACGAUUUCCUGUAGCAUAUGAUUCUGGGGCGCUCUCUGCGACUGUGCUGCGAGCGCUGCAGAAUGAUGUGUACCCCAGAGAUGGGUUUUUCAUCGAGGACAUCCAGACCAUGAUAAGUCGACGGACAAUCAGCAACUGUCAAUGGGAGAAAGAAAACACAGCCCUGCUGAUCGCUGCAACGUUCGGGAACCCUGAAGUAUUGCGCAUCCUGCUCACGCCGGAUACUGUUGGCACGAUGAAAACAGCGAGACUCCCCCAAAAAGUCUUCUCCUGGAUCCUGGACCAGCGAUACGGCGCCAACCCUUUUGCUCAGAUGGACCCAACGCAACUUCUGAACUGGCAAAUUAUUGUGAGAAUCGAUCGUCAAGAUCGGCCUCCCUGGUGCCCCACUGCUUUGCAAGUGGCGGUCUCAGACGAGAACGAUGCCAUGGUGCAUUUCUUUCUCGACGCAGGUGUGAGCGUCAACGAGAUCCCAGCAAGCGAGCCCAUUGGAAAUUGCAUGCCACGAACUGCAUUACAGGCUGCGGUAGAGAAUGGAAACCUGGGUCUCACAACCCUUCUCAUAGAGCGUGGAGCUUGCAUCAAUGCACCAGCGGCAGAGGACUCUGGCGCCACCGCGUUACAGCUCGCCUGUAUCCAUGGAUAUCUUGCAAUAAGCCUCCGACUGCUGGAGCUUGGUGCUGAUGUCAAUGCCAGAGGGGCUCGGAAGAACGGCCGGACCGCAUUGGAAGGAGCAGCAGAGCAUGGCCGGAUCGACACGGUCCAGCUUUUGCUGAACCACGGCGCUUGCACGGACGGGCUUCACAGAGCACAGUACAUCAAAGCUGUUGUGCACGCCGAACAGAAUCAGCACUUUGCAGCUGCAGGCCUCCUGAAGGAGCACAGGGAGUGGACCGCUGAGGAUGAGGAAUGUUACAAGAGCCUUCAGUCAUACGAAUGGUGCGAUGCGAAGAGAGAAUGA